GCACAGGGGAGAACCCUGGGGCGCUGUGCUGCCGCCUCAUGGUCUCUGCUCUCUGUGAGCGCCCUGCCCUCAGGGGUCCCUCCCUUGUCGCCCCGCUACCCGUACGCCUCUCAGCCCCCGAUUUUCGCUCUGGGAGUACCUGGCUGGGCGCCGAGAGGGGCGCUGUGUCGAGUGCGACCCCCUAAAGCAACGUCCUGUGCUAAAGGACUUGAGAGGAAGAACCACCAUAGGAUGGUGAGCUGGAAGUGGGAACCUGUAGGCAAAGUACUGAUUAGGAUGAAUGUGAUUUGGAGAAAUUCUAUCUCCUGUCUAAGGAUAAGAAAGGUGCCACACAGAUACCAAAGUGAUUAUCACCCCGUGGCCCCUCUGGGAUCAAGAAUUUUAACUGACCCAGCCAAAGUGUUUGAACACAACAUGUGGGAUCACAUGCAAUGGUCAAAAGAAGAAGCAGCAGCAGCCAGAAAAAAUGUUGAGGAAAACUCAGCUGUGCGAGUCCUUCUGGAAGAGCAAGUUAAGUAUGAGAGCGAAGCUAGUAAAUAUUGGGACACAUUUUACAAGAUUCAUAAGAAUAAGUUUUUCAAGGAUCGUAAUUGGCUGUUGAGAGAAUUUCCUGAAAUUCUUCCAGUUGAUCAAAAAACUGAAGGGAAGGCGAAAGAAUUGUCAUGGGAUCACGUAAAAACCAAUGCUGCAAACUGUUUUUCAAGAAUGCACUGCCCUGCUGUGCCUGAGUUUAAAAAUCAUUACAAGAAAAGUUCUAGCUCGUCAGAUGAUCAAAGCAAAGCGGUAUCUGAUUUUUCCAGCCUCAACUCUGAAGAACACAGAAGAGGACCUCUGAAGACUGAGUUGUUUCCUGGGAGCAAUGCCACUUUCAGAAUCCUAGAGGUUGGCUGUGGUGCUGGAAAUAGUGUUUUUCCAAUUCUGAACACUUUGCAGAAUGCUCCAGAGUCCUUUCUGUAUUGUUGUGAUUUUGCUUCUGGAGCUGUGGAGCUUGUAAAGUCGCACUCGUCCUACAGAGCAGCCCAGUGUUGUGCCUUUGUUCAUGACGUUUGCGAUGAUGGCUCACCGUACCCUUUUCCAGAUGGGCUCCUGGAUGUCAUUCUCCUUGUCUUUGUGCUCUCUUCUAUUCAUCCUGACAGGAUGCAAGGUGUUGUAAACCGACUGUCCAAGUUACUGAAACCUGGGGGAAUGCUGUUGUUUCGGGACUAUGGAAGAUAUGAUAAGACUCAGCUUCGUUUUAAAAGGGGGCAGUGUUUAUCUGAAAAUUUUUAUGUUCGUGGAGAUGGUACCAGAGUAUAUUUCUUUACAAAAGGGGAAAUCCACAGUAUGUUCUGCAAGGCUGGAUUAGACGAGAAGCAAAAUCUGGUUGAUCGUCGCUUACAAGUUAAUAGAAAAAAACAGGUGAAAAUGCACCGAGUGUGGGUUCAAGGCAAAUUCCAGAAACCACUACAUUUCACUUGACUCAAAAAAGCUCUAAAUUGGUAUUUUCACUCCUUUCUCACGGCUGAAUUAUGUACCAUGUUAAGGUACAAACCAGAGGAUUAAACUAUUCCGAGACUUCUGUAAAUCUUUCAUUUUUGAGAAGACAAUCAGAAGAAGAGAAUUUGUAUAUCCUGAUGUUUAUCAUGGGUGAGCUCUUUGUGCAUUUUAAGCACAUGUAAGUGAUUUGGAAGAGUGCACCAUAUUGUGUGUUUUCAAAACUUAAUAUGCUCAAGCUUGUUUGGGUUAAUUACCUCUAACCAUUUUGUUUGUUCUUUGAAUUUUAUAAGCAUUCAAUUAAAUUACGGAUAUAAGUCAGAUGAUUCUGAGAAACCAUAACCUGUCAUUUUUUAGAAGUGGAAAAAAUCGUCUGCUUUAUUUAUACGUUAGUCGAACACGGUUGAACUCUCCUCCAUUAUUAUCUGAUAGCAGAGAGGCAACUCCCCUGGUUUCUGAGGAAAAUCAUAAGACCAAGAAGGUGUAUUGUUUUUUGUUUUGUUGUUGUCUGUUUGCCCCAAGACUUUUUUUUUUUUAAUUUAGAGACUAAUGUCUAAAAUAGGAUUUUAGUUUCUCUUUCCUUUCCUAAAAUUGGGGAAGUAUGACCCAUGCUAACAUUAUUUUUAGGCUAUUCUUGGGUGUACAAGUUGUUGUAAGUUCUCUAUAAGACUACUGUUAUAGCCAAGAAAACUUAAAUUUUAUCAAUUAAAAAUGUAUUUACCACCUUGCCUCAAAAAGGAAUAUAAGUUGGCUUGCAAAUUGCACUUUGUAAAAAUGGAGUUUCUGAGAUUGGUCUUUCAUUCAUUAUACAGUAUUUACUGAGUAUUUACAUUGUGCUGAAUUAUGUGGAAUAAUACAAUAAAUAAAGACCCAGCCCUGUCUUCGGAGAGCAUAAAUAGGAUCUAGCUGCCAAAGCAAAAUGUGCAUAUCCCAAGCCUCUAAAUCAUGAUCUAAGAUAAAGUAUGAGCAAGUACUCAAAUAAGGAGCUUAUCUAGUAGAUUUUGAUUAUGACCCAUGGAAAUCUUGAGAGGACCACCAGUGGAAUAAUUUAGUUCCAACUGUUUUUCCUUUUUGAAUUCACUUAAAAUUCAUUUUCCUGGAAGACUGUGAUUGGUCCAGUUUAGGUCAUGGAUUCAUCUCUUGACAGGCUGGGUCAGGGCAGCUUAACUGAUGGCGCCACAAGAAUUUAUGGAAUGGAGGAAGGUUCCUCAGAGGAAAAUCAAGACACUGUUAUCAAAAAAAGAGGGGAGGGAUGCUGCCCAGUCACAAACAAUGCAUCACGUAGUGGUGGUAGCAGUAGUAAUAGUGGUUCCAAAGAGAGAGAAAGAUCAGCUGUGGGAAGGAAGGGGGAAGAAUCAGGAGGUGGGUCCCAGGGUAAUCCUUGAACAUACCGUCUCAGAAGAUGGUGAGAAGACAAGUCUGUUUAGUGUGGGACAUUCAUGAUUCAGAAUAGUGGAGAAAAGGUGGGGAGGAGGUCAGCUUACAGAGCUUUGAAGAGGGGGCACAUUGGGUUCUAGUCUCUGGUCUGGAGCCAUCUGAGGUUUGUUGUUUCUGUUUUAUCCUAGCUGUUAUGGCAUAUUAUAAAUGUAUUUAGAGAGACUGAUUGAGGAGUCAUAUAUAGAAUGGAAUGAAGUGAGGUCAGAGGUCGGAGUAAGGUUUUUGCACACACUUGCCUUGGUAGCAAGUCCCCAGAAGUACAAUAUCAAGGUUUCUGUUUAAAAAUGCAUCAGUCAGUAAAUGUAAAAGUUAAAAUUUGCCUGAGACUCUGAACUCAGUUGUAUUUCAUAAUUAAAGUGUACGUUUAAAAGCCAAACUAGUAAUGAAAGUAUUACAUACAAGGGCGGUUAGUUAAGUUAAUGUUGCUAUGGGAACCCCAGCAGAUCUCCUUGUGUCUCAAUUUAAAAAUCAUGGCCCAAGGUGGUUUUAAAAACAACAGAAGGUAAAAUUAUUCUCACAUUCUCACACAUGUAAAUUGUACUGUCUCCCUCAGUCCUAAAUAGCAGAUUCAAGCCAGCCUCUUGACUGGCAUGGUAAAAUUCAGCCUCGUGUCUUUCUAUAAUGUUUUACAGCAUGUAGUUAACCUUUAGAAACUUCAAAAAUACAUCAACCAAAUUUGGAUGUGAGACACAAACUGGGCUCUUUGGGUCUCUGUCUAGCAUAGAUCUCCUGUUCCACAUGUCUGCUCAGUAGGGACGUUUCUACCACUGUCUUCUGCUUGUUUGGUCAGUCUUUCUCUGGCUUAGCCUGCCUGAAUCAACCCCCUACUUAGAGGUUACUGCUAGACUUGGCAGAGGAAAAAAAAGAAGAAAGACCUGAUUUGGAAUAUUCCCUAUAGAUAUUAAGAAAUCAUGAAGUAUUGCAAAUGUAUCUGCUUGGGUAUUAGGUUAAAAUAU